AUGUCUCUCAAGCGAGAGGCCGACCCCUUCAUCAAGCCCGACCCAGACGCGAAGCGCGUCAAAACCGAGGGCGCGGAUGACAACUUCAGCCUCUCCUCGAUCCCCAUGGCCCCGCCCCCGGCCGCCUUUGCCUCCUCCACCUCUUCGGACAUCGCGCGCAAGAUCGAGAGCGGAGAUCGCAAGGCCCUUGGUGCGGCUCCCAAGUUUGGCGGACCCCCUAUCAAAAGUGGCAAAAGAAGGUUCUUCGGCAACACCAUCAAGGCUCGAAGGGACGACGACUGGGUCUCGGCCCAUUUCAACAAGAGUUCCAUGGUCGUGGAAUUCCAAAUGAAUUGCGCCCUUUCAAAGCAAUGGUCUUCGAUAGACGUGGAGCAGGAAAUUUUUGACAGGCUCAUCAAAGCAAAGUUUGACAUUCAGCCAUCCGAGGACUGGGGCUUCCUCGACCGCAAGUUCCGUGGAUUUGUCACCAAUCUCAAGACCAUCUUUCCUGUUCAUACGCCCACCUCUCGCGUGGAUGUGCAAUGCACAGUGGGUGUUGUUCAGAACUUGAAUGUGAGCAAGGUCGAGGUUUCUCCUAAAUUCAAGAAGGAGGAGCAACCCCUUGAGCGAAAGAGCGAACGUCUCGAGUAA